UAUCCGGUUAGCCCCAGGAAACAACCGCCCAGCGUUUCCAUAGAAACAAAAUACAACCGCUGAAGUCUGAUAACUCGAGUUGUUCGCGUAUAUAGAACAAGGGGAUUAUUUUAAAUGUAUGAUAAAAUGGAAAAUGUUGCUGACGCUGGGAUGAUGUGCAACUCGUCUGCAGAUGAUGGAGGGAGUUUAUCUGAAGAAAGCAACAAGGAAAAUGACAAAAAGCCACAAAGACGAACUCAAGGCAAGAAGGAAAAGCACUGGGGGCCACGGAUCACCAAGAAAUUUUUGAAAGACCACUGCAAAGAACACAAGCUUUAUUCAACACCUUGUCUGAAUGACACUUUGUAUUUGCAUUACAAAGGUUUCUCCACCAUUGAGAACUUAGAGGAAUACAUCGGACUGAAAUGUCUCUGGCUGCAAAGCAAUGGGCUGCAACGCAUUGAGAAUCUGACCGCCCAGACUGACCUACGCUCCUUGUUCCUCCACCAAAAUCUCCUUUCCAAGCUGGAAAACCUUGAACCUCUGAAAAAGCUUUGCACCCUAAAUGUCUCCAACAACUACAUACGCGUCAUAGAGAACAUCUCCUGCCUUCCUGAUCUGAGCACUCUGCAGAUUGCCCAUAACAAGCUGGAGACCAUGGCGGACAUAGAGCACCUGGCUCAGUGUCCAUCUAUCAGCGUGCUUGAUUUGUCUCACAACUUGUUAAACGACCCAGAGAUCUUCCGCAUACUUGAGGCCAUGCCCCAACUGCACGUGCUACACCUAAUGGGGAAUGAUGUGGUGAAAAGAAUCCCAAACUACAGGAAGACUGUGACUGUGCGCCUCAAAUGGCUCACGUUCCUUGACGAUCGGCCUGUGUUCCCCAAAGAACGAGCCUGUGCAGAGGUAUGGGCAAAGGAAGGGCUGGAAGGGGAGCGCAAGGAAAGGGAGCAAUGGGAGACACGAGAGAGGAGGAAAAUUGAGGAUAGCUUGGAUCAUCUGGAAAAGAUUAGAGAAAAGGCGCAGGAAAAACGACGUCUACGAGAGUUACAGCUGGAAGGAGAGACUGAAGCUUCCACGAAUCCAGAACCUCCGGGUGAGGAAAAUCUAAGCGUGAUCAUCACCUCACUUCAAGAAGAGAUCCAAACCUUUGUGCCUGAUGCUCGUGAACAACUGUUAGAUUCAAAACCCAAUAAUGACGAACCAAACAGUGGCAACUUGGUGGAGAAGCAGGACCAGUCACAGAAGAAACAGCCUGCGGCUGGUGAGAAAGGAGUGACUUCAGAUCCAGGCGAGGAAGGAAAUGUGGCAGGAGAGAUGUCAGAGGAAAAUCACUUAAAUGGAAUCCAGAAUGAAAUAAAUAGAGUAGAGAAUGUAGUGAAGCCAAAGAGGGAGCCAGGUGAAAACAAACCAGCUGUUCCUGAAGAAGAGUCUUCAGCAGCUCGUGGUCCUGGGCCUCUGGUGACAGAAGUGGAAGCUGUAGAGCAUCUGGAAACCAUCCAGUUUCCACAUCGCUCACUUUGCAUUGAUGAUCUGCCUGAUCUGGAGGAUGUGGAAGCAGAAGACAAGGGCUUCACUGAAAUGCUCUCUUUUCAGGAGGUGGUUAAACCGAAGAUACAGGUCCUAUCAGAAGGAGGCAAUGAUGCUGAUUCACUCUGGACCUGGAAAGAGACCAUCCCUAUUUUUUGUCCAGAAAACAAAACUAUUACGAGUGGCUGUGAAGCCUCUGCUGAAAAGUCACCAUCUGUGGUUCCAGAGGACCUGGGUCACCUUGAACCUCCUAUUUUUGUUGCUGGGAAACACCAAACUAAGGCAGUAGCCAGUUCACCACGCUGCUUGAUCGAGGAACUGAACUGAAAAAACAACAGAUUUUCGAGCCAAAUAGAUUUUUGUGUGUGUGAUUAAAUAUCUUCAAAUAAAAUCAGUUGUUUUGACAGAAAUAACCAAAACAUGGCACGGUGUUGAAUAUAUUCUAUUUAGCAGUUAAGGCAUUUUUUUUAAACAUAAGCAGAUGAAAUCUAGGCUUGUGUCUCCCUUGUGCCUUCUGGCAAGCUGCAUCUACAGAAGUUUAUAACUCCCAAGUUGUCUUUUGACUAUGUUCUGCUUUGUUUAGUUUCACUCUGUUUUUGAAGUGAGUCCGUUAUAAACACAAUUACCAUUCAAUCACUCCAUUUCUAUUACUUACUGAUUGAAAU